AUGGCGAAAGAUGAUAAGCAAAAUGGCAAUUCCAAGAGAAAGAGAUCGAGAUCAAGGUCCAAGUCAUCCAAGUCGUCUCGUGGCAAAUCCUCAGACAAAGAAGCUGAAGAAAAAGUCGCCUCAACAAGAGGUGCUCCACGAGUAACUGCACCAGAAGACUUGCCAGUUUUGGCGUACCGAGAAAAUAUCAUCGACCUCUUGGUGGAGAACCGUAUCAUAGUUGUAGUUGGUGAGACAGGUUCUGGCAAAACCACCCAGAUCCCACAAUAUCUGCUGGAUUCCGAGAGGUUUCAAUGUCUCUUCGAGAACAAGCGGGGAUUACGCAUUGCCAUUACCCAGCCCAGACGUGUUGCUGCAGUUGCCAUGGCAAGACGCGUUUCCGAUGAACGAGGCACAAGACUUGGAGAUGUGGUUGGCUACUGCAUCCGUUUUGAGGACAAGUCGGGUGCUAGUACACGGCUGCGAUAUAUGACUGACGGCUGUUUGUUGCGCGAGUGUUUGGGUGAUCCAAAUUUGGCAAACUAUGAUGUCGUCAUUUUGGACGAGGCCCAUGAGAGAAGUUUGCACACUGAUGUGCUUUUUGCUCUCAUGAAGCGCGCCGUGGUCAACCGCGCAGGGCAACUGCGGAUGUUGGUGACAUCUGCGACUUUGGACACUGGAGCCUUUUCUGCGUACUUCGAUUGCCCUGUACUUGAAGUGCCGGGCCGAAGCUUUGCCGUGGACUUGCAUUAUCACCCCGUCUCCAAGACCCAGAGGGUCGAAGCUGCGGUAAAUGUGGCCUUGAAUUUACACGUCCGGGAGGGACCAGGGCACAUUUUGGUCUUCUUGACUGGCAUGGAGGAAUGCGAGCAAGCAGUCCAAUUCGCCAAUGGCAAAUUGCAAAGCAUGGUUGACAGUGGGAAGGAAGUCUCGGAUUGCCUCAUUGUUCCAUUGUAUGGAAUGAUGCAAUCGGAUGAUCAGCGCAAUGUCUUUGAAGAAGUUCCUGAAGGAUGUCGAAAGUUGGUCUUCUCAACGAACAUUGCAGAGACGUCCCUUACUGUGGCAGGAGUUGGCUUUGUCGUAGACUGUGGCUAUUGCAAGCAGAAGUUCUUCAACCCAAAGACAGGUAUGGAGUCUCUACAGAUCACUGAGGUUUCUCAAGUUCAAGCGAAACAAAGAGCUGGACGUGCGGGGCGUACACAGCAUGGAAAGUGCUUUCGCUUGUACUCUGAAGAGAGCUUCAACCGAAGCUUGCUGAAGGUGACCGUGCCGGAAAUCCUUCGAUCGAAUUUGGCAUCCGUGUCUCUUCAGAUGAAAGCCAUGGGGAUUGAGGAUGUGGUGAAUUUCGACUUUAUGGAGCCACCUGAUCGAGUUCGUUUGGUGAAAUCCCUCCGGCUUCUCUUCUUGAUCGGUGCGCUGGAUGUGGAUGGCAAGCUGACAGCUUUAGGAGAACGGAUCUCUCAGCUGCCUCUGGAACCUCAGUAUGGACGGGUCUUGCUUGAGGCGGCUGAGCUGGGCUGCGUUUCAGAAGCCUUGACCUUAGUCUCGAUGCUGAGCUCUGAGGGAGUUUGGUUUCGACCCUCGCGGCAGAACUCCGACCAGUGGGAGGAAGCUCGAGCCACUCAGGAGCGUUUCGUUCAUCCUCUAGGCGAUCAUCUCACUUUGAUUCGCGUCUACAACAUGUGGGAAGAAGAUGGAGGCAGCCCAGAUUGGUGCAAGGAAAACUUUCUUCACUUCAGAGCCUUGCGCCAGGCAAGGGACAUUCGAAGCCAGCUCUAUGAGCAGUUGGAGAAGGUCUCUGAGGUGUCAGUUCGCAAAGCGAUUCAGAAGCGCGAGAAAGAUGACCGAGACCGCAGACGCGAUCGCGACUGCAACAGAGGUAACGACUUGGGAGCGGAAGAGGCGCAAAUUCACCUUGGUCUUGGGAACUCCAAUGGAGCAUGGAAAGCUUUCGCCUUCAAUGCUCAGUGUAAAAUGAUUGAGACUGGCCGAGAAUGGCAAACGGGCUCCGGCUUCUUCAUGCAAACUGCUCGAGCAUGUGGUGCUGCUGGCGGUUGGCUCAUUGUAGGCGAAAAUGUCCUGGUGAAAUGUGAAUCCUCAAGUGCCAUGGACGGAUCGUCGGCUGAGUGGGUGUUGUACACAGACCUGGUUGGAAGCACUGUAGCGAAUUGCAUGAUGCGCACGGUGUCGGCUGUAGAUCACAAGUGGCUUCAGCCGUUGCUGCCGAAACUUCAGGAAGUCAACAUGAAGCGUUUGGUUGGCCUGUCAAAGCCUUCCCAGCAGACGGCGGAGGCUGAAGUCAAGAAGGCCUGGGAAGAUUUUCGUCGCAGAAACCAGUCGUUGGCAUUUCUGCCUACCGCCUACCGCCUACCGCCCGACGCAGUGGAGGUUGCCAAAGAGCGAGAAGACAAGGCACAAUGUGGGUUGUGCCCGGGAACGAUACCUAGCACGGAAGAACAAACAGCCAACGAAGCGUUAAAAGACCAGCGGUUCGCGGCCUACAAAGCCCCCAACAAAGCUCCCAACAAAUCGAAUCGACGAACCGACAUAAGCGAAAUGCGCUCCAUGCGCUCAUGUCGCUUAGCACAUCUGCGGGGCUUCAACGUCCCCAGACGUGGGCGAUGGUUUCCCAUCCAAAGCCGAGGGGAAGCUGUUGCUGCGCGGCCAUCGUCCUUCCGCGAGUCGCAGGAGCAUGUGAGCUUGAGCGAUCGACAGGAGGCCUUCCUCCUCCAGCGAAUACCUCGCGAUUGGGACAAGGAGAUGAUCCAUGAGGCCCUCAAAAGAGGUGGCAGAGAUCUUGGAAGUGAUUGGUCUGACAAGAUUUUGCUUAUGCGCUCCCGACUUGGGACUUCCAUGGGGCGAGCUCUCAUUGCACAUCCCACGGAUAUGCCCGGCAUCAUCCAGGAGUUUCCAUUCGGUACCACAUACCGUCCUAUGGAUGGCUCAGAUGUGGAGGCCUUUGUUGAGCAGUGCGAACGUUUCGUAAACCUCAGCGAGGACCUGAGACGAUUAGCAGCUCCUGAGAAUUUCCUGAAGAUCAUGACCAUCACGGAGGUGCCAUCCAACUAUGGCCGCAAGGACAUAGCGCAUAUCAUCAAAAAACGAUGCAAUGUGGUGGUGGAGCCGCGCGAUGUGGUCUUCCGCUUCAAGCGGUGGGGACGUCAAGGUGACACCUGCUAUGUUCGCUGCCCAAGCUCAGAGGCUGUGGACCGCUGCGUCCAAGAGAUUCAGGAGCUUGCAGUGCCAAAGAGAGCUGCGCAUGGCUCGCUAUUUGGAGCUGCCUUCCUGUGGUCCAGUCGCGCCACACUCUUCGUCAGCGAUCCGGAUCUGGAUUUCUUGUUGCACGGAAGCAAUUCUUGGGUCUUCACCACAGGUUGGCAAGAGGACAUGACCGAGGAGGAGUUCCUUCAGGUGAUGAAUCAGUUGGACUUCUAUCCCGUGAAAGCUCAUCGGCAUCACACCACGGCAGAUGGAUCCAGCUCCUUCUUUAUGAAGUUUGAGCAGAUGGAUGGUGCUAUAGGAGCGAAAAGGGCCAUGAAACGGCUCAAGCGCUUGAAAUGGCGCUGGCGGAUCAAGCAGACGGUCCCCUUCUUCGCCUAUGCACGGCGCAUCGAUGUUCACCGCGCAUGUGAAGAUCGGCAUGAAGAUGAGCUGAGUGAUGCUGAUUCAGAUAUUGAUGAGCCCAUACAUUACUGA